AUGGCUGCCGAGGCCUCCCCACCUCGUCUGGGGGUGAGGGGCUUGCCAGAGACCAAAAGGGGUGCUCUUGAGAGACCCACUGAGGGGGACUCCGAGGAGGGGGCCGUCAGUGAGGAGCUCCCAGGCGGGGAUCCUUGUGGUCACGGGGCUGGAGGGUCACCGGGGAGAGAGCCCUUCGUGGUUACGGAGGCGUCCAACGAAGCGCGGAGGUACAGCUUCGCGAGUCUGGGGCGAAGAGUCCGUGGAGUUGAGGGGCUGUGGCAGGUCUUUCCGUUCGGCCUGGCCCGCGCUGUGCUCACCGCCCGGCGCCAGCCCAGCUACCGCCGCUGCCUCCGCCCCAUCCGUGUUGCGCCUAACCGGAAGGCGGAGCCCUGCGGAGGAGGCUCGGAGCACGUGGGUUGGGGACUUGCGGAUCACUGCCUGUCCUCGGCCUACCGCGACCAGCAGGCACUCAGGGUCAGACCGGUGCGGGGCGCUGCGGCCUACUUCCCUAGUAGGAGGACGGCUCCUCCUUACUCCUGGGGGUUCCAGGGAUCUGGCAGAGAAAGAAGCCCAGAUUCACCAGCAAUGGCUCCUGAACAUCCUUUGCAAAUACUACUUGGGACAGAUGGACUGAAGAGGGAAGGUGGAACUGAGGAUCCUGAAUCCAUUUGGAGGCAGAGAGGGGCCAACAGCGUGUCUGAAGGGGGAGCAAAGGCAUCAAAGUUUUGGGAGCACCUCGAACUGGGGCAGUGAAUGCAGAAGAGUGGGAGCACACACACACGUUUCUCCUCUACCCGGAAUGAGACAGCCUUCAGAGAGCUCUUGCCAGCUCCUCGCUCUAGCCUGAAUGAAGGGGGCACCUGUGCCAAAGCAGGCAGGCACACAGGCAGAUUGGAAGGAAUUUCUGUCUGCAGCGUUACAUGCCUGAGGGAUCCCGCCCUCAACCCUCUCUCUCAUGGUGCUCUCAUCCACCCCCCGCUGCAGCUCUUGCCUCUGUGCUGACAGCUCUGUCAGUCCAGCCCAGACCUCCCCUGGCAGUUCCAGACCUGCCGAUCCCACUGCCUCCUGACAGCCACUCUGGAUGUCCCACCAUUCCUUAGACUUGGCACCCUUUCCAAAUCCACGCCCCCAUCUCAUUUCCAAGGAAGAAAAAUCAUAGAGGCCUCCUCAGUACAAAUGCAUAGGACGUGGGAAACAAGCUUUCAAAGGAUGUCCAGAAAAGCUCAAGGAUAGCACGGGCCUUUUGGAGGUGGCUUGGGGUGGUGUGGGAGGCAGGGUCAGCACUAACUUUUCCUUUCUUCCCUACGAAGGUGUGGACUUCUUAGCUUCCUGUCCUUUUCAUACCAUUUGCCAAAUUGAAUUUAAAUAAUUGUUACUGUAAUGGCUUAUUUUUUGUCUGUCUUUCCCGGUUUAAGCUUCUCAAGGACAGGGAUCAUGUCUGUUUUGCUUCUGUAUCCUUGGCAUCUAUCAUAUAAUCAGUAUCUGACAUAUAACAGGUGCUUAAUAAAUAUUUGUUUGAAUUAA